UUCUUAUGUCACUGUAUAAAAUAAUACAUUUGAGUUAUUGACUUACCAAAUUUAUAAGCUUAAUCCGGAGAGAAAACCAAUCUCAUUGUUCUUUCUGUGUUUGUGAACUGAUUCCUUUACAUUAAUAGAAGAAUCCAUGGCUGUGGGAGAGCUCUUUCUCUCUGCGUUCCUUUCGUUGUUGUUUUAGAGGCUGACAUCUCGUGAGUUGCUGCAAUUUGCGCUUCGAGAGAGGGUGCAUUCAAAGCUGAAAAAGUGGGAAAGAAAGCUGAAGAUGAUUGAGGCAGUGCUCAGUGAUGCGGAGGAAAAGCAGUUGACUGAAAGGGCUGUGAAACUGUGGCUCGAUGAUCUCCGAGACUUGGCUUAUGAUGUGGAGGACAUACUGGAUGAGUUUGCCACUGAAGCUUUAGGGCGAAAGCUGAUGGCAGAAGACCAUUCCACCGUAAUUAGCAAAGUGCGGGACCUGAUCCCUGCUUAUUUUUCUCGUCGGAGUCCAAGUGCUGUCAAGUUCAAUGUCAGUUUGGGGUCCAAGAUAAAGAGUAUCAGCAGCCGGCUUGAAGAACUCUGUGAACAAAGAAAUGAACUUGGAUUGGAAAAGAUUGCUGGAGUGGCGUCAACUGCCAAAUGGCAAAGACCAUCCACUACAUGUGUGCCAGUUGAACCUGCUGUCUAUGGUAGAGAAGAUGAUAAAGCUAGAAUUCUUGAAAUGGUUUUGAAGGAUGAACAAUGUAAUGCCAAUUUCAGUGUAAUACCGAUUGUUGGCAUGGGAGGAAUUGGAAAAACAACGCUUGCUCGCCUUGUGUACAAUGAUAAAGCAGUUGAAGAUUUCAACCCAAGAGCAUGGGUUCAUGUUUCCGAAGACUUUGAUGUUCUGAGGAUAUGUAGGGCAAUUCUUGAGUCUAUCACUUUUUCUUCCUAUAAUUUGAAGGACUUAAAUCAAGUGCAGGUUAAACUGAAUCAGGAGUUAACAGGGAAAAAAAUUUUGCUCGUCUUGGAUGAUGUUUGGAACCAAGAUUAUGGCUUGUGGGAAACCCUGAAAUCUCCCUUCAUGGCUGGAGCACCAGGUAGUAAAGUAAUUGUGACCACUGGCAGCGGAGAAGUUGCUUUAACAAUGGGACCUAAUGAAUAUCAUAACUUGAAGCUUUUGUCGGAUGAUGGUUGUUGGUCCUUGUUCAUGAAGCAUGCCUUUGAGAGUAGAGAUACUGGUGUACAUGGAGACUUAGAAUUCAUUCGUAAGAAAGUUGUUGAAAAAUGUCGAGGCUUGCCUCUUGCGGCGAGAACUCUAGGUGGUCUUCUACGCUCUAAGGAGAGAGAUCGUGAGUGGAAAUAUAUAUUAAAUAGCAAAAUAUGGGAUCUAUCAGAUAAAACUGACAUCCCCACAGUUUUGAAAUUAAGCUAUUUCCAUCUUCCAUCACAUCUUAAAAGAUGUUUUGCUUACUGUGCAAUUUUUCCGAAAGGGUAUGAGUUUGAAGAGAAGGAACUCGUACUUUUAUGGAUGGCAGAAGGUCUUAUUCAAGAAUCAAAAGACAACAGACAAAUGGAGGAUUUAGGAGGUGUCAGUAUCUGGAAGCCAUUGCUUGAAUGGGGGCUACACAAACUCACUUCUCUUAGACAGCUUCGUAUUGGUGGAUCUCCAGAUUUUGAUCCAGUGACUUUUCCGCCUGAGGAGAUGGGAAUGAUAUUGCCCUCCUAUCUUAUUGCUUUAAGCCUUUAACCAUUGAUAGUUUCGAGAAACUGAAAUACCUGUCUUCAAAGAGUUUCCAGAACCUCACAUCUCUUGAAUAUUUAUACAUUUUUGAUUGCCCAAAGCUCAUAUCCUUACCAGAGCCAGGCCUGCCAUCCUCGCUUUCGCAUUUGUAUAUUCGUCAUUGUCCUGCACUGAGUAAACAGUGCAAAAAGGAUAAAGGACAUAUGUGGUCCAAGAUAAGCUACGUUCCUUGCAUUCAGAUAGAUGAGAAAUACAUCAACGACCUAGACGAGGAAGAAUGAGCUCUAUUUUAUCUCAUAAUUGUAGAGAGAGUAUGGAACCAGAGAAUUACCUUAUUCAAGCCUUAUACCCUAUUCCAGGAAGCAACUGAAUUCCCAGAUGCAAUAAAUCAAUUUGAAGUGGGUCAACUGGAAAUGCUAACCUUCAUGUUUUAGCCAAAGAACAAGAAGUAAAAUGCAGCUCUGGUUCUAAUUCUGCAAUUUGAAGUUUACCAAGGUAAUUUUAUUAUCAAUGCUGAUUUAUGGAACUGUCAACAAGAGGCUCAUAUCGGUGUACAAAAUUUUGGAGUCAGCUCAAUAAAGAUGCAGGUUAAUAACAGGGCUUACCAAACUGCAGAUAAAAUGCUUGAAGUGUAGACAAUGGAACUCUUCAAACUGAUAAUUAAGCACAUUGUGCUUUGAAAGAGUGAACAUAUAAUCAGCUUAGAGAGCUUAACUGUUGUAAAAUCACACUCAGCUAAUAAAGGUGAAGCAAGAGUACCUUCUGAGCCGUGGAUUGCAUCAACUAUAUAGACAUAUUUUGGAUAAAAAAUGCUUACGUAAAACUCAAAAGCGGAAUCAUACGAGUGAGACACAUUUGAAGCUAAUAGAUGCGCAUUUAGAUCCAGACUGCCACGUUUACACCAGUGCUGUAACAGCUCUUCUUCAUAUGAGACAUGAAGUAGAUUGAUGAUGUGGUAGACACUGAUACACUCUGAUUCUUGGAGCUUCAGGUGUUUCUUAGGCCAACUCGGUAUAUGCAACUAAGAUGAUUCUUGAAUGACCAUUUCUGGAGUCACUAUUUACAUAAUUUUUCUACAGAAGUUGUUCUAAGAAGAAAUGUUUUAAGUAUUUUUGGAUUCUAAAUUGCUGGCGUACUGUAGAUGUACUGUCAAAAUUUCUGCUAUUGGCUUCUUUAGCCGCUGCUUUCUACAGUUUUCCUGAGGUGUAGAUUUUAAAAUGUUGGAAUUAAGUUUGCGGGAGAAUUCUGAAAAUGCUGGUUCUGUUGUAUUUCUGCUCAAACUUUGUUUUUUCUUAUUACGAACAAUAUGUUGUUACUGACCUUUAUGUACAUAAAGGUCAUUUGCCUUUUUAAGUAGAGUACAUGUCGCAUGUUCAACCAUAUCAGUUUUACAAGUCUAAUUUUU